AUGGCUCCCAAGGUUUUUCUGACUGGUGCCACUGGCUAUAUCGGUGGUGACGGCUUGUUUGUACUUGCUGGCGCCCACCCCGACUGGGAAUACUCAGCACUAGUUCGUAGCAAGGAAAAGGCAGCCCAAGUCACCAGCAAAUACCCCCAGAUUCGAACAGUGAUCGGUGAUCUAGAUUCAUCCGAGCUGAUUGAAGAAGAGGUGAAGAACGCAGAUAUUGUCUUCAACUUCGCUGAUUGCGAUCAUGUUGCCGCAGCCAAGGCCAUUGCUAAGGGUGCUCAGCACCACACGCCCGAACGUCCAUUGUGGCUGAUCCAUACUGCUGGCACUGGUAUAUUGACAGUCGAGGACCAGCGUGCUGGCACGUACGGUUCUGAGCGCCCUAAGGAGUACAACGACUGGGAGGGUGUCAGCGAGCUAGUUAACCUUCCGGCAGACGCCUUUCACCGUAAUGUGGAUGAGAUCAUCCUCGGAGCGGGUCAGCAGAACCCGGCUAGUGUGAAGGUUGCCAUCGUCUGCCCACCUACUAUCUACGGUCCUGGCCGUGGCCCUGGUAACACAAAAAGUGUCCAAGCCUACUGGCUCAGCGCUGCAGUACUGAAGCGCAAGCAAGGUUUCCUGGUUGGAAAGGGCGAAAACAUCUGGCACCAGGUUCAUGUCCAGGAUUUGAGCAAUCUCUACCUGGCCCUGGGCGAAGCAGCAUCAGCGGGAGGUGGCAAGGCUACCUGGAAUGACGAGGGCUAUUACCUUGCUGAGAAUGGGUCCUUUGUGUGGGGCGAUAUCCAGCGCGCCGUUGCUCAGUCUGCUUUUGACAAGAAGCUUAUUGCUUCCCCUGAUGUUGAGUCUCUUGAUCGCGCUCAGACGACUGACAUCAAUUCUGCCGGAGUCUAUGCUUGGGGUACUAACUCCCGUGGAAACUCAAUCCGUGCACGUAAACUAUUGGGUUGGACGCCCCAGAAGCCUAAGCUGAUCGAUCUUAUCCCUGAGAUUGUUGAGGGCGAGGCUAAGUCUCUUGGCCUGCUGUAA